AUGACCUCUUAUGAAGGCUUCGGUUUUCUUCUUCGCUACAAGAGAUCUGAGCUCCAGACAUUCUACACCUUGCCUUUUUCAACUCUCGUUUGGACUUGUCUAAUUUGGACUCUAUUUCUGAGCGCAUCAGUUUUCUAUUUGCUAAGCUAUUGGGAGAAAAGGCUUCUUGGUGGAGAAUGUUGUCUUCAUCAUGAAAUUCUAAUGGCGUUUUCUGCUUAUUGUCAACAUAUUCUGCCCCUUCAGGCAAAUCUUUCUUCGCGUCGCAUAGCGUACUUAAUUUUCAUUUUGAGUGCAUACGUCAUACAUUGUUUUUAUACAUCGAACCUGCUCUCUCAUUUAGUGAACGAUAAAGAUAGAAGAUUGAAUUUAGAGGACUUAGCAAAUACCGAUUAUGAGUUUGUGAUUAUUAAAGACAUGAAUCUGAUAACCGAAAAGCAUAUUCAACAAGUGUCUAUAGACAAAUAUCUCAGAACUGUAGAGGAAAAAAUAUAUAAAUCUAAAGUAAUGGAUGUCUACUCCGCCCUUGAAGCAGUGAGGGACACAAAAACUGCCGUACUCACAGAUUAUGUUACAAUUUACCCCGUCGCUAAGAGAUUAUUCGAUAAUCAUGCACAAUGCGAACUUAUAGAAGUGAACCUGUAUUCGAAAGUGAAGAAAUAUAUGUUUACGUCUAAAACAUUCCCGCUAACGGAGCAAUUCAAAGUCAUAACUCUGCGCCUUAAAGAAGCCGGUCUCCUUACAAGGACCUUAAAAUGUGAUCGCUUGAUUAAAUCGUGCAAUAAUAUAGUAAAUCAAGAGCAGGCGGGCCUGUCCCGCAUCUCUACCCCUAUGAUCUUAUUAGCAGGGUCUUAUGUAUUGGCUUUGUUAAUUCUGAUUGGGGAGAAAAUUCAUUUCAAAUUUUGUCAUUUAUGGCCAUAUAUUGAGUGA